UACAGCUCCAGCUGACUGAGCUGAGCUGCCUGUCUUGUGCAUCUCUGAGCUGAGCUGCCAGACUGAGCAUUGCGGCAUGGUACCUAGGCAGUGCGCCGUAGCAACAAAGAUGAAAUCAACAGCAUCGGAUCCGGAUUCCGGAAGCUCACAACCUGCAUGAGGCAGCAGCGGGGGCAGGAUAUGCAGCCGAUGAUCACUGCUCAAGCUGAUUCUUGAUUCUUGGGUUGUCUUAAAUUUAUGAGCCACGUGAUUCAUAGAUACAAGCGCAAUUGGUAUGCCACUCAGUACUGAAGUAGCUUGUGACUUUGUGUGUGUAUAGACACGGCAUGUCCAGCUCCUCCAGCCUGAUAAGACAGAUUAGCCAGGGGUGCGCUGCUAAGGAUGAAAAGCUGGAUAGGCGCAAUACAAGAUGAUGGCUCCAAGCGCCAUUACUUCAAGUCUAGCAGAUUCAGGGUCCAGUGACGCGACGGGUCUGCCAGGUUAGAUUGGUUGCGGGCGGGCUGCCAUCGUCAAGAAUAAGGACUGUCUCGCAAAAACCUUCAGCAUCAUGGCUUUUGCGCCUGUUCUGCUGGCAAGUUUGCUUUGUGUAUCCUUUUGGACCGGAGUAGAGUCCAGGCUGCCUGGUGCAAAUGGAACAAUCUAUGCAAGAGAGGUCUACACAGUGUGCACCGCCUCUUUCGCACCCUACGUGCACUGCAUUGAGGGGAACUCAAGCCCUUUAAAUUUCUCAGGCUAUUCUCCGGAAAUGUUCAAGAGGGCGGCCAGCAUAGUCGGCUGGAAGCCAAACAACUACCGGCUUGUUUGUCUGACAUAUGCUGCUAUGCUUAGAGACCUGACAGACCCCAACGGCAUAUGUGACAUGGCAACGGCCAGCAUAACGAUCCAGCUUAGGAGGGUUGAAGCUGGAAUUCGGUUUGCAUAUCCAGACUAUCACACGGGUCAGGGGCUGAUGGUCUAUGCAAGCGGCAAAAAGACCAACAAGUGGUUGUUUUUGAGACCUUUCAACUGGGUGGUCUGGUUGUUUUUGUUCCUUGCCGCAUUGGCGGUGGGCGUCUCAACCCGGGUCGUAGAGAUCGUGUCAAAGCCUAAAGCAGCCAACCGCGUCGACGACACAGCUGACGAUGCUGGCGUGGUGGAAUUGGUGUGGUCUGCGGGGGCGCAGAUUGUGAACGCAGCAGACCCAAUGAGAGCUUUCUCCUUUCCAUCCCGGAUCAUCAUCUUCGUUUGGGCCUUUCUCAUCCUCCUCUUGGUGGCCAUGUAUACUGGAAACGCCGCUGCCAUCCUCACGGCUUCGCAGGUUGACGUGAGCAUUCAAUCAAUCAACGAUCUGCAAGGAAGGAGCUGGGGUGCCUACAGGAAUACAGUUGACAUCAUGCACCUAAACGGUUGGAGUCCAACCGUACUGUUUGCCCCGCAGAACGCGGAUGAAACAGAAGACAUGCUACAGCAGCUUGUCACGGGAGCCAUCGAGGGCCUCGUCUGGGAUUGUGGAUAUGUGGACUACACGACCGCGACACGUUGUGAAUUCUGUAAGGUUGGGGACUGCAUAACGGAGGACAACCGAGCGUUGGCCUUCUGGCAAAACGCAACCACGUCCCUGGUUGACGCGUUUAGCACCGCAAUUUUGACGCUGGAGGAAACUUCUGAGCUCUCGCAUCUUCACAAGGUUUUCAUCGAGCCUACUUCGACAAUAUGCGAGAAGGAGGCAGCCGGCGCGGAACAGCAGGUCACAUUCAAUCAGGUCUCUGGCCUUUGGAUCGUCCUCGCUGCUACCAUAGCCGUAUCGAUGGGUCUGGCCCUUAUUGGACGUCAUGCCAAGCUGAAGCAUCUUCACAAGAUUCUGAAGAUACCAACAUCAUUGGGGGCCUCUGGAGGAGUGGACAAAGAGACCGCUAUGAGUAGGGAGAAGCAACUCAAAGUUAUUGACAACCCCGUAGCCGACCAUAUUCCUUAAAUGUCGGAACCACGUAGGCGCAGUUGCUUAAGCUUAUGCACUCAAUGAUUCGCGCGUCAGGUCACGACGUUUGAGGAUCUUAAACCGAGUAGAUAGUUGACAUUACUGGACCGUCAAAUUAGGUGUCUGAAUGAAGAGCUUUCAUACAGCAACUUAUGUUGAAGUGUGAUCCAUAUAUAGAUACAGUUUCACGGUUUUCGUGUUGCAGCCAACUAGAUGACAAGAACAAUCGAAGACGUCAAAGCUUGUAAGGGAAGCCUCUUUGCAAAUCAUAAGCAUUGAAAAGAUUGACGAUCGUCCUUCGUAGCGCCCAAUGAGUCGCUUGACUUUCCACGCGUCUGUCGGCCGUCUCAAGGUCAGGG